GGUCUUUCGUCCUGGCGGGCGAUCUACACGAAGAACGCAACAAACGAGGAGAACUAACAAUGGCGACACCGACCGAGUCUCUCCUGAAAUACGAUUCUCCUGUUUCGAUCAGCAUCGACCGGAAAUCAUUUAAGGAACGUGGUUUGAAAGUAAGCACCCAGCAGCCUGAACACUCUGGGUGUCUCCCUGUCCCACCUCCUCCGAAGCCAAAAUCAGCACCUGAUGCUUCCAGGCAGGAAAAUCAAAAGAUGCUGAACUCCCUCCUUCCACCCAGGGAAUGGAUGGAGGGAAACCAACUGUGGAUGCAGCAAGUGUCGAGUGCACCGUGUACCAGAACAGCCGUGAUUCAACUUGAGGAACUGCUGGACAAAAAGCUGGCGCAAAAACAGGCCAAAGAAACAGGAAUCUGUCACAUCCGCAGGGAAAUAUAUUCCCAGUGCUUUGAUGAGCUGCUCAGACAGGUGACCAUCAACUGCACUGAGAGGGGUCUGGUGUUGCUGAGGGUCAGAGAUGAGAUUCAAAUGACUAUUGAUGCCUACCAGACACUGUAUGAGAGCAGCAUGGCUUUUGGAAUGAGGAAGGCUCUGAGGGCUGAACAGGGCAAGACUGACAUGGAGAAAAUUAAUUCUGAUCUGGAAAAGGAGAAUCAAGCCAUAAAGCAGCAAAUGAUGGACGACGGAGCCAACCAUGAUAAUAUAAUAAAGAGAGAAAAUGAAAAGCGACAGUUGGAGGAAAAGAAGAAUACUGAAGAGAUUCAGUUCCUGAAGAAAGCAAACCAGCAGCUGAAGGACCAAAUGCUAUCGAUCAUUUCAUCAAAGAAGUAAUUUCGCCAAACAAAAACGGGAGUAGUAUACACUUUACAGCCCCCACAAAUGCACUAAUGUGCACGUGCACAUAUGGGGGCGUGGUAUGCAAAUUAAAUGUAAAUUUUUACAAAUUUUAAUUAAAAAAGAUUAUUAAAUAAAAGUGUUAAAAUGUGUAUGUUAUUUGUAUGGGUUGUUUUAGUCUUUUAUAAGUCCUUUUUGCUGUGCCUUUAUUAUCAAUAUAUGGCUGUUUUUCGAGAAUUAGUAGUGUUGCAGGAGUGUGUGGCCAAAUAUUUGUGGGAAAGACAGUGUCUGCAUGACCUGAGGAGUUGGGAGGAGGAGGAGGAGGAGGAGGAGGGGGCCCUUGUGUUAAUGUCCACUGACAAACGUAUCUGGAAUAUUAAAUAAAAGUUUUAA